AGGAGUUGCUGGUGGUGGAGCCUGGCUGCAGCGGCUCUCCUCCCUCCAGCUCCGCCCCGCCGCCUUAUCCCCGGCUGCUGGAAGUUUGCGAGCACUUGUGUGCGCCCCUCCCGCCGUCCUGUCUUCUUCCCGGUUCCCAUGGCCGAGAACGAGCUGGCCGCGAAACUGCAGCGCCGCUUGGUGCUGGACGAUGCCCCCGCAGAGAGCCAGGAGCCGGACGAGCCCGUGCCCAACGGGCAAGAGAAGCCGGCCACUGCCAGUGCCGACUCCGAGCUGAGUGCCAAGCUGAACCGGAGGAAUGACAUUAACGAGGGCAACGCCGUGCCACCCAACCGGGGCCAGGUCUUGAGCCCGUACACCGAAUUCAAGGAGUUCUCCCGAAAGCAGAUCAAGGACAUGGAGCGCAUGUUCCGCCAGUAUGACACUGGACGGGACAAUUUCAUAGACCUGAUGGAGCUGAAGCUCAUGAUGGAGAAGUUGGGUGCCCCUCAGACUCACCUUGGGUUAAAGAACAUGAUAAAAGAAGUGGAUGAAGAUAUCGAUGGAAAGCUGAACUUCCGAGAGUUCUUGCUGAUCUUCCGGAAGGCCGCAGCGGGAGAGCUGGAGGAGGACAGCGGACUGAUGUCUCUAGCCAAACUCUCUGAAAUCGAUGUAUCAACAGAGGGCGUUAAGGGAGCCAAGAGCUUCUUUGAGGCCAAGGUUCAGGCUCUCUCCUCAUCAAGUAAGUUUGAGUCAGAAAUUCGUGCAGAACAGGACGAGAGGAAGCGACAGGAGGAAGAGAAGAAAAACCGUAGAGCUGCCUUCAAAGAACUGAAAUCGGCAUUUAAUUAAGGAGUUUCUGCUUGUAGUACUAACAUCUAACCAUGGCAUUCAGACACCCUGACAAAAUGGAGCUUAAGGCUCUAGGGCCUGUUGGGUUUUCAUGGCUGCAAAUCCGGUCCCUGUGCUUGUUAGAACUGCUAAUGCAGCGACUAUUGUCCCUCCAAAGGGUAUAUUCACAUGUGGUGGUUGAGGUGCCAUUAAAGCUGCAUCAAAACCUCACUGGG